CUGGAGUCCGGAUUUCCCAGGAGCUGGAAGAGAGAAGUUUGCCUGUCUUGGGUGGGCAAAAGAUGGGGGAAGACCUAGGCCUCUAGGCAAGGAACAUCAUUGACUUCUAUGUAGUUUCCUGCAGAACCACAAUAUUCUCCGUGUUCAUCAAGAGAGAGAAACACACACACCCAAAUGUAGACAGGGGAAACCUGCAGCCAGAAACUGGGUUUUGAAACAGGAUUGUCUGAGGCAAAAGGUUUGGGGUUGAGCUUGGAUAAAAGGCUGGUUCUGUCCAGAGCAAAAGAGAGAGGAAGACAGCGGCCCACGUUGGUCCUCACACUUCUGGGGCUGAAGGCCGCCGCCUCAGAACAGGAAUGAAAAUGGAGGACCGGGACACAGAAGGCCUCAAACCAUUGCCAGGGUUGGAAGGAAAGGUCAAGGGGUCUCAUGCCGUCCCAUUUGGGGCCACGAGGGCGUUUCUCGGGUGGGCGCCAUCCCAACAGGUCAAGCAGGAGCACGACGAGGGGCUGCCUCAGUGUUGGGAGACCCAGUUGGAAGAAUUCCCUAAAGCCGGAGAAUCUCCUCAGUCUGGACGGAGGAACGUGCAGCUGCUGGAGCCCAGCCCCUGGGACGACACCAAGGCGUUCCUCGCUUCUUUCAAGGGGGCCGUGGAAGCCAGCCGGUGGUGUCGCGAAGAAGGGGGGCACCGGCUCGUUCCGGGACUGGAAAGGGCAGGCUUCGGAGCAGCGAAGGAAGAGAUCCCAGGAGGGGAGGCCCUGAGCAGGGACACGCUCCGCCAGCGCUUCCGGGAGUUCCGCUACCAGGAGGCCGAGGGGCCCCGUGAGGCCUGCGGGCGGCUCUGGUACCUCUGCCAUCGGUGGCUGAAGCCGGAGAGGUUCUCCAAGGAACAGAUCCUGGAGCAGGUGAUCCUGGAGCAGUUCCUGACCAUCCUGCCGCCGGAGAUCCAGAGCUGGGUGAGGGGAAACGACCCGGAGGCUUGCGCCCAAGCGGUGGGCCUGGCCGAGGAUUUCCUGCAGAUGAAACAGGAGGCCGAGAGGCAGGAGCAAAAGCAUGCUCAUCUGGAGAGUGACCCGGAGGCCUCCCACUUGGCCGUGGAGCACUUCCCUUUGUCUGAUCCCAUCCCGAGCCCGCCGGACGUGGACCUUCCCUCCCCGGAGCCCCGGAGGCGGAGGGACGCCUGGUCCCGCAAGGAGACCAUUGCCUUCAUCGACAUCUGGAAAGCGGAGGACGUCCAGAUCGCCCUGGGCCAGCAGUACCGCAACAUGAAGCUCUUCGCCUGGAUCGCCGACCGGCUGCGGGAGCGGGGCUUCGAGCGCGACGCCGAGCAGUGCCGCAGCCGGGCCAAGGACCUCAAGCGGGGCUACAAGGAGAUCAAGUGCGGCAACCUCCACUCGGGCCGGGCCCCCAAGACCGCCCCCUACUUCAAGCUCCUGGAGCAGUUCCUGUGCCUGCGGAAGGGCAUCGUCUGCGGCAAGGUCUGCGGCGCCGGCGUGGUGGAGCGCCUGGACAAGAGGCGGAAGCGGCUGCCCCUCAACCCCAUGGCGGCCACCAGGAUCGCCCGGGAAGGCGCCGAGGCCCCGGAGCAGCACUUCGUCACCCCGGCGCUGCGGGCUGCUGCCGCCACUCCCGAGGUGCUCCGGGCGAGCCCCAGCAAGCAAGGGCCACAGGCCCAGGAAGCGCCCAAGGACGACGACGACGACAACGUGCAGAUUGUGGAGAAAGAACAGCCGCCUCAGAGCGCGGACCUCCCGUUGCAACCCAAGGAGAUUCCAGCGGAAGCUCAGGCGGCCGAGGCUGCAGAUGAGCCCAAGAGGCUCCCGUUCUGCGGCACCGACCGCAUGCGGUACAGGCGGGAGCGGAACUGGAGGCAGCGCCUGGAGUCCACCAGGCGCCUGACGGACUCGACGUCGUCGUCGUCUUCCAAGACGAACUCCGACCUAGUGGACACCCUCCGGCAGCUGCACCAGCAGGACCUGCGGGCGUUUGAAAACACGCGGCAGGAAGAACGGGCGGAGGACAAGCAAGAGCGGCAGCAGGAGCAGCAGGAGCGGCAGCAGGACCGGGCCACGACGCACCGCAUGAUUGCUGCCAUCGAGCGCUCCCACCAGACCCUGGCCGAUCUCAUGGGGCGGCAAACAUCCGCCAUGGAGGCCAUCGCCACGGCCUUUUCGGGCCAGAGGUACCCCUCCCCGGGCCCCUUUCCGGGCUGCGAUACGUCCCCGGGGUUCAGCCCCCCGGGGUCCGCUCAGCAGCCUGCUCCUGACUCCAACGAGAGGCAGGCCGAAGCCUUCGGGAACGGUGCCACGGCGCCCCUGCGUUCCGCAGCUCCAGAGGAACCCGGGUCGCAAAACAAUACCCCGGGGCUGGACCCAACGCCGUCCCUCCUUGGCCCUUCCACCAGCAUCCGGGCCGAACCUAAUCCCCUGCCCAUCCUGAGUCCUGGGGGCGUCUCGGGCUCCUCGCCUGCCGCCCCUCACGCGGCCGGCACCAGUCCAAAGCAGGGCGCGAAGAGGAAAAAUUGCAAGAUGGCUUCAGAAGAGGAGAAAGAGCGGAUGGAUGUCCCUUUGAGCCUUCAGGAAUAUUUUCCAACUAAGGGACCAGGUGAGAAAAUGGCGGAGCGGAGCCCGUUUGGUCCCAGUGGACGAGAUGUUUCUGAGGGAACCGGAAUGAGUAACCACGCCACCCUGGUGAAAAACGAAGACAUAUUGGCGUGUGAGAAAGAUGCCGUGAGAAUGGCGGAAAUGUUUCCGUCGGAACUGGAGGACCCCCAGCUUCCGGACGCCCCGCGCUGGGAGGAUAUUUUUCUGACCUCCGUUGAACAAGCAGUCAAUACCCAACCGGGUAAGUGGAUGUCCCAACUCAUCCCAGGCCUCAAAGAAGGACAAAGGUUUGAGGACAGGGACGCGGGAGACUUUGGGAAGGUGAAGGCGGCCAUCUUGCGGGUCGACGCCAUCAGCACGGAAGUCCAGCGGCAACACUUCCGUCGGUUUCUGUACAAGGAGGCCGACGGGCCCCGCGAGGCCUGCAGCCGGCUCUGGUUCCUCUGCCAUCGGUGGCUGAAGCCGGAGAGACACACCAAGGAACAAAUCCUGGAGCUGCUGAUCCUGGAGCAGUUCCUGGCCAUCCUGCCGUUGGAGGUUCAGAGCUGGGUCAAAGAUGGCUGCCCCGAGACGUGUGCCCAGGCGGUGACUUUGGCGGAGGAUUUCCUGCUGAGGCAGCAAGAGGCCGAGACGCCAACGCAGCAGGAACCAGGACUGUUUGAGGAGGAUGGGGUGAGUUCCCCAACAGCAGAGGAACCUUCGUCGGACACCGACCAGCAGCCGCUGUGCCUGGAGAUCAAACAGGAGGGCGUGGGGGACGUUGGCACGCUAGGUAAUCUGUGCAUCAUUGAGAAUGAUGCAGGGAGUCCACAGCCAGAGAAGAGCGACCACGAGCCAUGUGGGGUAGCAGAGGGAGGCGUGGAACAGCCAUUUCCCCUCCGUUGUGAGCAAGGAGAUGCUUCUGAAAGUCAGAAGAGGCCGGAGAAACCACCGAAAAAAAACCCACGGAAGAGGGUCCAAAAAUCCAUUCCUUUGGAGGGGUGUUAUGAAGAUCUCACGGUGGCCGCACCAGAAAAAGAAACCAAUGAUGACGAGCCACCGAUCAAGGUAAGAGUAUGUGAAGAAAGCUUCAGCCAGGGUUCGGAUCACGCAGGAGAGAAAAUCCACAAGUGUUUGGUGUGCGGCAAGUGCUUCAGUCUUCGGUCGCGCCUCAUCGUCCAUGAGAGAACCCACACGGGAGAGAAGCCGUACACGUGCUCCGAUUGCGGGAGAAGCUUCAGCGUGAGCUCCAGUCUUAUAGCUCAUCGGAGAACCCAUACAGGGGAGAAGCCUUACAAAUGUUCUCACUGCGCCAAGAGCUUCAGCGUGAAGUCGGGACUGAUUGCUCACGAGAGGACUCACACGGGAGAGAAGCCGUACAAGUGCCUGUACUGCAGCAAGAGCUUCCGUCGCAAUUCGGGUCUCGUUAGCCACCAGAGAAUCCACACCGGGGAUAAGCCAUACCAGUGUUCGGUGUGUGAGAAAAGCUUCAGCGACAUCUCAAACCUGAUUACCCAUCACCGGAUCCACACCGGGGAAAAACCGUAUAAAUGCUUGGAGUGUGGGAAAAGCUUCAGCCAGAGCUCAUACCUUAAUAGCCACCAGAGAAUCCACACGGGGGAAAAGCCGUACGAAUGCUCUGAAUGUGGGAAAACCUUCAGCGUGAGCUCUCGGCUUAGGAAGCAUCAGAGAAGCCACACGGGCGAGAGACCAUUUAUAUGUUUGGACUGUGGGAAAACUUUCAGUGAAAGCUCAGAUCUUCUUGCGCAUGAGAGGGCUCACACUGGGGAGAAACCCUAUCGGUGUUCCUUCUGUGGGAAAAGCUUCUUGCGCAGUUCAGAAGUAGUUAGCCACGAGAGAAUCCACACCGGUGAGAAACCAUACCAGUGCGGAGAGUGUGGGAAAAGUUUCAGCGUGAGUUCACGCCUUAGCGCGCACCGGAGAAUCCACACAGGGGAGAAGCCUUUUCAGUGCAUAGUGUGUGAGAGAAGCUUCAGUUACAAAUCACACCUCAUUACUCAUCAGAGAAUCCACACCGGCGAGAAACCCUUUCAGUGCUCAGUGUGCGGAAAGAGCUUCCGGGGGAGUUCUAGCCUUGUAGCACACGAGAGGACGCACACAGGGGAGAAACCGUACCGGUGUUUGGACUGUGGGAAAAGCUUUACUCAGAGUUCAAACCUCAUUAGUCAUCAGAGAAUCCACGCGGAAGGAAAUUCCUGAAAAAUUGGUCAGUUGCGCCUCAGUAGAUUAUCUAGCCUUCCUCCCCUCUCCUUUUCUUAACGAGACUUGGUUCUUUGGUACGUUGUUAGUGGCUCCUCGUCUCUCCCCUCUACUCCGAGAGGGAAAUUUUUCAGCAGUUGUGCUCUAGCAAUUAACUGUUCUCUUUUGCAGAGCAGGGCACUGGAAUAAACCCCUUUAAAAAUGAAUCAGGAGUUUGCCAGCCAUCCAAACCGAAACAGGUCGCACUUAAAGAUUGAACAUUUUUUUACUCUGUGAAGAUUGAUGCCUUGACUGCAUAAAGGGACAGCUGGAGAGAAAAUAAUCUCUGAAAUGCCUGUCGUGGCUCUGCUCUUUGGAUCUCCGGAUGUUUUUCUUCC